AAUUGUUACGUUGGCAGCGCAGCUCGGCUGUCAGUGUCUAAAUGGAGAAUGCAGGAGCUUUGUGUGGGGCCGGUGUUUAGCUGUCUUUAGCGAGCUGGCUAGCUAGUUAGCUACAACACCAGCAGGAGAGAUGGCUGGAGUGCAACCCCAGGGGGAUCUCUUGAAAAUGACUUACAGAGAGAACUGGAAAUUCGAAAAUGCUAAUUAGCAUGAAAGUAGACAACAUGCAAGACUACAAGUCCCAGCAAGCUCCUGCACGACAUCUCUAGCUGACACCUUUUCUAACAGAGUACAGCAUGAGCGUCUGCACGUGAAGCACCGGGGCCAUGAGGCCAUGCAUGCAGAGAUGGUGCUCAUCCUCAUCGCUACACUAGUGGUGGCUCAGAUCGUCCUGGUACAGUGGAAGCAGCGGCACAACCGCUCAUACAAUCUGGUAACCCUGCUCCAGAUGUGGGUGGUGCCUGUCUAUUUCACUAUAAAACUGUACUGGUGGAGGUUUCUCUCCAUGUGGGGAAUGUUCUCUGUCAUCACCAGCUUUGUGGUCUUCAGAGCUACACGCAAGCCACUCUCCUGUCGUACACCACGGAUGGUGUAUAAAUGGUUUCUGUUGAUCUAUAAGCUGAGCUAUGCAGUGGGAGUGAUUGGAUACCUGGCCAUCAUGUUCACAAUGUUCGGCUUUAACGUCUUCUUCAGGAUCAAGGCUGAGGACUCUAUGGAUGUGGGUGUUAUCAUGCUGUUCUAUGGUCUUUACUAUGGAGUGAUGGGACGGGACUUUGCUGAGAUCUGCUCCGACUACAUGGCCUCAACUAUAGGGUACUGUAACAUGGGAGGAAUGCCCUCCAGGAGCCUGACAGAUGAUAUCUGUGCGGUGUGCGGCCAGAAGAUCCUGGUAGACGUGGAUGAGGAGGGGAUUCUAGAAGAUACCUUCCAGCUCUCCUGUAACCACAUAUUCCAUGAGUUCUGUAUCCGUGGCUGGUGCAUUGUGGGUAAGAAGCAGACGUGUCCGUACUGCAACGAGAAGGUCGACUUGAAGAGGAUGAUGAACAAUCCCUGGGAGAGAACACACAUCCUGUACGGGCAGCUCUUGGAUUGGCUGAGAUACCUUGUUGCCUGGCAACCCAUCAUCAUCGGAAUAGUCCACGGAAUCAACUUCUCCCUGGGGCUGGACUAGUAGAAGAGUAGAACUCUGGGAUGAUCGCCUUGCAGAACUCCCUCCCCGGGAAUUCCCUCUCUGAACUUUUGGAAUCCAUGCAUGCAUUUAAUUUAUUGGACCCCAAGUGUUUUAUUUAUUAUCUGUAAAUUCUGUACUUUAUACAAUGUCUGCAUCCCAAAUGGCACCCUAUUCCCUGUGCUCUUUUUGGUCAAAGGAUUUUGUACGAUUUCAGUUUGUUCUACAGUUUGCACUCUGCAGAUAAUCUCCCCUCUCUGUCCCAAUACCCAAACUGAUUACUUCUCUCCCUCUCUCUCUCUCUGUCCCAAUACCCAAACUGAUGCACUAGGUAGUGUGCGUGCAAAGUGUUGGCCAUGCAUACUAAGUAGUGUGCGUAUUGGGACACUUGGCCAUAUCACACCGGUAGUCCAGUCACCAUCACAAAAAAGCUGCUUUUGUCUUUUAAAACCGGUUUGAUUGAACCUUGAAGUGUAUCCCAAAAUAGCACCCUAUUCCCUAUGUAGUGCACUACUUUCACCCUAUUCCAUAUGUAGUGCACUACUUUUGACCAGAGCCCUAUGGCAACAGGGUGCCAUUUUGAGAUGCAGACGUAUUAAUCCUGGGAAGUCACGUCAAGGUUCAGCAUAUCUUGUUGAAGAUACCUCAGGGUUCACAUUCACUCAGAGUAGGAGUUCUGAUCCAGGAUCAGAUCAGCCUUUAAUGAAUCAUAUUACAUGGGGGGAAAUUUUAUGCAUUUAAGGGGAAUAGUAUAGGACGUGAUGAGCACACCUACACAAAUAUGCAUCCCAAUUGUCACCCUAUUCCCUGUAUAGUGCACUACUAUAUGUGGGAAUAGGGUGCCAGAUGGGAAGGACCGUUCUACAACGCAAAAACAAAAAAGGUGCCUCUGUGUUGACGUGUUGCACGUAUCACAAUACACAUUGUGUCCAAAAUGGCACCCUAUUCACUAUAUAGGGCACUACUUUAUUCAGUAAAUAUAUAUAUAUAGUGUACCACUUUUUGAAGUGGUCAAACCCGAAAUGUCACUAUUGGCACCCCAUCAACUACAUAGUGCACCUGGUCAAAGUAGUGCACUGUGAAUAGGGUGCCAGAACAGGGAGCGGGGCCUGUGUCCCCUAUCAACAGGGCCAUAGGGACAUAUUUGAGAGACAUUCUGCUACACCGUUGGAGCUAGUAACAUCCAGCAUUUCGCUGCACCUGCAGCUCCAAAUCUGUGUGAGCAACCAAUAAACGUUUGAUUGAUUUGAAAAGUAGUGCGCUGUAUAUAGGGAAUAGGGUUCCGUUUCAGACCCAGCCAGAGUCUUCAACAGCCCGUGUCCCCCAGAGGAGUUCUGUAGUGUGGAUACAGGAGUUUUUUCCUGAUCCCUCUGUAACCUGCAGGAUAAACUCCAGGCUAUAGAAAUAUAAUCUAUAGAACGGACCUCCCAAUUCAAGUCAAUGAUGGCAUAAUGGGUGUAGAGCAGGGUUC